CACAACCUUCAGCCUGGUUGUUGGGCUGCGGUAUGGAUGUUUAUUGAUGCUCCUGUUUGGCUUUGAUUAAGUUAGCUACUUUGGUACACCCCAGGCCUUCCUGAGGUUUGGCUACAAUAAUCAAAUUACUGUUAGACCUGACAGGCAAUACUGCCUACCUGCCUUGGAGGGAAACAGACACUGCCAGGUAGAUAACAAACAGGCCUACAACAAAAGGAAAAGGGAAACACUUGCUUGCACAGUAACAAGACGUCGCUGUGCGAGUCAACUCGUUAACAAGGAAGCUAACAUGCUGCCGGACGCCUACGGGUGUGCUGUGGCGAACAGGUUCGGGAAUCUUCUGGAUGAUGACACGGAUCCUUUCGACUUGAUCAACGAAGUGGAAUCAGAAAAGACGAAGAAGAAAAAGAAGAAGAAGGAAGAGGAGGAGAAGAAAGCAAAGCAGAAAAAACCUGGUCAGAAGGAGUCCCAAAGGGACCGACGCCUCCCUAUGGCCCUGGAUGUUCAAGAGCCGGUUCCAGUCCGUAGGCAGCUGCCACGUCCUGCACCUGUGUCUGAGAGUGGGGAGGGCAGAGAAGAAGCCCAGAAGAAAGCUGCUGCUGGGCAGCGUAGGGCCAACCAAGAGGAACCCACACAGGAGUUUUCAGUUUCUAGGCCUUCCUAUAAUUCAGACUUUGAUCUCAGAGGCAAAGGGGGGAUCAAAGGUAGGAGAGCAGGAAGAGCUGGAGGAAAUGCAAGGAACCCGGACUACUUUAUUCUGAGGGGCAAGAGGGAAUACGAUCGGCACAAUGGAACAGGUAUACCUCCUGAUGAUAAGAGAGGAGGAAGAGGAGCUUGGAACUGGGGCUCUGUUGAAGAAGCUGCAAGUGAAUUCAUGGAUGUGACAUCUCCAAUCAAAUCUGAGGAGUCCCAGAUAACUGUAGAGGAAGACAAUCCGAAUCAAGCAACGGAGGAGGAGGGAGAGAUGUUAGUCCAGGUUGCUAUGGAGAUGACCCUGGAUGAAUGGAAGGCCAUGCAGGAGAUGAGUCGUCCCAAAGCAGAAUUUAAUAUCCGCAAAGCAGAAGGCAAGAUUCCCUCCAAAGCCAAGGUCAUCCACGAGUCAAAGCAUGUGGAGACCAUCAAGGUAAAUAUGGAAGAUGAAGGAAACUUCCUUCGCAGGUCUGUGAAUGAUAUCACCUCCCUCUUGGACAUCAAUUUCGGAAGCCUUGGACGUCCCACUCGUGGUGGCCGAGGAAGAGAAGCACGUGGUUGUCCUAGCAGGCGCCCAGAGAGUGUCAAACCGAUAUUGGAGAGGGCGGAGGAUGAUCUGGCACCUAACCCAGAUGACCCAGAAGACUUCCCAGCACUAUCAGCAGGGAGAUAACUGAGUAAAACCUUAUCUCCUGAUGUGACACAUUUUUUGUUUUUGAGGUUUUGGGUUCAAUUGCACGGAAUACACUGUUCAAUAAAUAAUUAUUUUGCAAGGUUAACUUUUUGUUUUGAACGCAUCACUGAGGAUUUAAACUCAUUUUUCUUGUCGGCUGGUUGACAGGUCUUCAAAUAACUUUCGCAUGGGACAGUAUUGUGGAAGUAGAGCCAAAGAGUCAGGCAUGAGACUGCUCUAAACACCCAGCCUUCUUUUUGUAUAAUGGAGGAUAUUCUUAAUAUGGUCUUACAGCUGAGCACAGCAUCUCCACCUACCUGCUUCUCUUUCCAACUGUUAGCAAGGGGCACUCAGUCUGGGGGUUUAAAAAAAGGAUCUGGGAACAACCAUAAUAAUUGUGCUUAAAACAUGUAAUGAAAGGACUAAGCCAGAGACAUACUUGGGUAUACAUUUAUUAAAAAGUAUGAUUCUAUGUGCUUCAA